GAGCGUGCGCAGUCCGAGCAGAGCUUGACAACGGAAAACCCGAACUGCAAUAACUUGUUGAUUUAAAAUAAAAUUAGCUCGUCUUUUUUUCUGGUUAUUAGCUGAAAAUGAGGCCAAUUGAAAAAUGGAAAGAGACGGUUCGUGAUCGUGUUUAUGACCUGGCCUUCAAGCCAGAUGGCAGCCAAAUUAUAAUGGCUGCAGGGCAACGUGUGCUGGUCUGCGAUGCCAAAGAUGGGACUAUUAUUCAGCCUUUAAAAGGACACAGCGAUACAGUGUACUGUGUGGCCUAUGCCAGAGAUGGUAAGAGGUUUGCCUCAGGGUCUGCAGACAAAAGCAUUAUCAUUUGGACUUCUAAACUGGAGGGUAUUUUAAGAUAUACCCACAACGAUGCAAUCCAGUGUGUUGCCUACAAUCCAAUCACUCACCAACUUGCUUCCUGUUCAUCUGGUGACUUUGGUCUGUGGUCCCCUGAACAAAAAUCUGUAAACAAGAAUAAAGUGAGUAGCAGAAUAACAUGCUGUGGGUGGACAAACGAUGGGCAGUACCUUGCCCUUGGCAUGAUGAAUGGUGUGGUGAGCAUACGGAACAAGAAUGGAGAGGAGAAGGUCAAGAUAGAGCGUCCAGGAGGAUCUUUAUCCCCAAUCUGGUCAAUAGCGUGGAAUCCAUCCAGGGAUGAGCACGACACACUGGCUGUGGCAGACUGGGGUCAGAAACUCUCCUUCUACCAGCUCAGUGGGAAACAGGUGAAUGUUUUAAAAGAGAGAACUCUAAACUACGACCCUUGUUGCAUCAGCUACUUCUCCAAGGGCGAGUACAUUGUGAUGGGUGGCUCUGACAAACAGGUGUCCCUCUAUACUAAAGACGGUGUGCGGUUAGGAACCAUUGGAGAGCAUAAAGCAUGGGUGUGGACAUGCCAAGUUAAGCCUGACUCCAACUAUGUGGUGUGCGGCUGCCAGGAUGGGACCAUCUAUUGCUACCAACUUAACUUCACAACAGUUCACGGCCUCUAUAAAGACCUCUACGCCUAUAGAGACAACAUGACCAAUGUCAUCGUGCAGGACCUCAUCACUGAGCAAAACCUGAGAAUCAAGUGCCAUGAGUUGGUAAAGAAAAUCGCCAUCUACAGAAACCGCCUGGCCAUUCAGCUACCCGAGAAGAUCAACAUUUGCACGGACGACUUAUCCACCAUGGAAUACCGCAUUACUGACAAAAUCUGCAAAAAGUUUGAGUGCAACCUGCUGGUGGUUUGCUCCCAGCACGUCAUUCUCUGUCAGGAGAAAAGGCUCCAAUGCCUGUCUUUUGCCGGUGUCAAGGAAAAAGAAUGGGUGAUGGAAUCUAUGAUUCGUUACAUCAAAGUGAUUGGUGGUCCGCCAUGCAAAGAGGGUCUGCUUGUGGGGUUAAAAAAUGGAGCUAUCUUGAAGAUAUUUAUCGACAACCCCUUUCCAAUAAUGCUGCUGAAGCUGUCGUUGUCAGUGCGCUGCCUGGACAUGAGCGCGUCCCGCAAAAAGCUGGCUGUAGUGGAUGAACGUAACACCCUCCUCGUUUAUGACAUCAAAAGCAAAGAACUACUUUUUCAGGAGCCUAAUGCUAACAGUGUUGCCUGGAACACCCAGUGUGAGGACAUGCUGUGCUUCUCUGGGAACGGGUACCUGAACAUCAAGGCGAGCAACUUUCCUGUGCACCAGCAGAAAAUGCAGGGUUUUAUGGUUGGCUACAAUGGCUCGAAAAUAUUCUGUCUCCACGUCUAUUCAAUGUCUGCUGUCGAGGUGCCUCAGUCUGCACCCAUGUACCAAUACCUCGAGAAGAAGAUGUUUAAGGAAGCUUAUCGGAUCGCCUGUCUUGGUGUGACAGACAGUGAUUGGAGGGAUUUAGCCACAGAAGCUCUAGAGGGACUUGACUUUGAAACUGCCAAGAAGGCCUUUAUUAGAAUAAGAGACUUGCGCUACCUGGAGCUGAUCAGCAGCAUUGAGGAGAGGAAGAAGCGGGGCGAGAACGACAAUGAGCUCUUCCUGGCAGACGUCUAUGCCUUCCAGGGGAAAUUCCGCGAGGCAGCUAAGCUCUACAAACGUGCCGGCCAUGAAUCCAAAGCUCUGAGCAUGUACACCGACCUGCGCAUGUUCGAGUACGCCAAGGAGUUUGUUGGUGCUACAGAUCCACAGAGCUCGAAGUUACUAAUAACGAAGCAGGCAGAUUGGGCUAAAUGCAGCAAGGAGCCACGAGCCGCAGCUGAAAUGUACCUGUCGGCAGGAGAACAUGCGAAAGCUAUAGAUAUUAUUGGAGAACACGGCUGGGCUGACAUGCUGAUCGACAUCGCCCGUAAGCUAGACAAGGCCGAGCGUGAACCGCUGGCGAAGUGUGCGAUGCACUUUAAGAGGCUGAGACACCAUGGCUAUGCCUCAGAGACUUAUUCCAAGAUGGGUGACUUGAAGGCUUUGGUGCAGCUCCACGUGGAGACGAGACACUGGGAAGAGGCCUUCUCGCUGGUGGAGAAGCACCCACAGUUCAAAUAUGACGUCUUUGUGCCUUACGCCCAGUGGUUGGCUGAAAACGAUCGCUUCGAGGAGGCACAGAAAGCAUUUCACAAGGCCGGGCGUCAGAAUGAAGCAGUAAAAGUCCUGGAGCAGCUUACCCACAAUGCAGUGGUGGAGAACAGGUUCAACGACGCAGGCUACUAUUACUGGAUGCUGUCUAUGCAGUGUUUGGACAUUGCCCGAGAAAACAAAGAACAGAUGAAGGAAAUGCUGGAGAAGUUUGAGAGUUUUCAGCGUCUUGCUGAGCUUUAUUACGUCUAUAGCUCCAUUCAGCGUUACACGGAUGAACCUUUUAGUUCCCACAUGCCAGAGACAAUCUUCAGCCUUUGCAGGUUCCUGCUGAACAACCUCACCAAGGAUGUACUUCCAGGGAUUUCUAAAGUCAACACAUUGUUUGCUCUGGCCAAGGAGAGUUGCAAACUGGGAGCGUAUAAGUUGGCCAGGUAUUCCUACGAGAAGCUGCAGGAGCUUCACAUUCCCUCACGCUUAGUGGAGUCCAUAGAGCUGGGCAGCCUCACAAUCCACUCCAAGCCCUUCCACGACAGCGAGGACUUUAUUGAGGACAUGAUGUGCUACCGGUGCUCCACAAACAACCCGCUUCUGAACAGCCAGGGCAGCGUGUGCAUCAACUGCAGGCAGCCUUUCAUCUACUCCGCUUCGUCAUACGAGGUGCUGCCUCUGGUGCAGUUCUACCUGGGGGAGGGAAUCAGUGAUGAAGAAGCUCUGUCCCUCAUCGACCUGGAGGUUCCUCACACAGGAGAUUGCAAAGCACAAGGCCCCAACGUGGGAAGCGGUGACCUGGAGGCUUUGAGGAUAGAUGACGGGUUGGAUCAUACAGACGACGAUCCGUUUUCAGCCAAAAUGAGCUUCGAGCAAGGGGGCUCCACCUUUGUACCCGUCAAGGUGAGUCGUUCGGUGCUGCGCUCCAUGAGCAGAAGGGACGUCCUGAUCAAACGCUGGCCCAAGCCGCUCAAAUGGGAAUACUUCCGCUCCCUGCUGCCGGACGUGAGCAUCACCAUGUGCCCCAGCUGCUUCAAGAUGUUUCACAGUGAAGACUAUGAGAUCCUUUUGCUGCAGCACAGCUGCUGUCCUUACUGCCGCCGACCCAUUGAUGAACCCAACUGAUCAACACCGUAUUAAAUUAAAUUAAACAUUUCACUUAUUGCAGUAAUUCUUUGUAUGGUAAAUACCUCAUUAGUAAAUUGUAAGACCUCCAAGUACAAUCAGGCAUUUUAACACAAUAAUUCACAAUUCAACAGGACCUUGUUAUGAUAAAUCACAUAAAAAGGAAAGAAAAAAAGAUUUAUCCACUGGCACUUUCAAUUUGCAUAGCAUGUUUAGUUGAAAGAUACAAUUUAAUAAUGCAUUCCAUUUUUACUCAGAAAUGGAAGGGUCUCUACUGGGACUUAAACUGUCAUUAAAAGUGUUGCCCUUAAAAUUUAAUUCACAUUUUGAGGACUUAAAAUCUUCUUAAACACCAGAUUGAGAUGUUUGACCUCAUUAUUAGAAAACAUGUUUGGAGGAGUAAAGGUGAGACUUAAAACAACCCAAAAAACAGAGGAUCUACCAAAUGUCAAGCCUUGUGUUUUUAAGUCUGUUAAACUUACUAAGUUAUUUUUGUGAUCAAUACAGAUUUUAAACUUAAACCCUAAAUAUAAACAUAGGGUCAUUACUAAGUAUUUGUGAUUAACUAAUGAAUUUAGUUCACCCUGGAAAAAACAGGAUGAGUCCCCAACUCUGAUCUCAAAAUACAAAAUGGCUGCCUUUCAUACAAAAUCUGUUGUUGCGCAAUACCUUUUCAUAUUAAACCUUACAAUUGCACUCAAUAUUUCUUUUAGUGAGGUUUCUACCGUGUUUGGAGGGACACAAUGGAGAUUGCUAGUAGUAAUUAACUUGUCGACUAAUCACAUAAAUUGGUAAGUGCCACUGGUCUAGAACAAGGUCAUCAAGGUCAGGGUAAGACUUGAGAGGUCAGUGAAGCACAGCAUGAAUACCCACAAUCACCAGUUUUGCUUCACUGCUGUCCCCUUAAGUUCACAUGUAGAUAUCUCAACGCCAAAUUCAUCAGUUAAUCUCUCUGAUGAAACAACUAACGGUCUUAAAAAAAACUCACCUUUUCUACAUCACAGUUUAUUCAUUUCUAUUUUAAAUAACAUCAUCAAAAUUUCCUUUGACCUUUAAAUGCAGUUCAAGUGCACAGACAGUUUGAGAACCUUUCAUUUAUUUUACUUUUUGUUUUCAGAAAAAUUUGAAAGUAAUCAUCUUGGAGGUAUAGCUUGUAGUUUUCUGUGAAGAUGUAGCUGAGUUAUGUAAAUUUGUUCUAAAUUUCAGGAAGCAGAGGUACUACAUGUUGUGUUUGGGAAUAAAGGGACUUUAGUUACAAUGAAAAAUAUAUAUACAAAAAUUGAGAAACAUCACUAUUUUAAUGUUUUUGUGAAUGUUAUUACACAAAGAUCUGUAUAUUUUCUGAGCUUGUGUUCAAAUUGUAUGAACUAUAAUAAAAUAUGCUGGCUUUCA